AUGCCUGCAGGCUCGUGCUUAAUCACUGGCGGUACUGGCUACAUCGGCUCGUUCACCGCGCUAGCUUUGCUCGAGGCGGGCUACGAGGUGGUCAUUGUUGACAACCUCUACAACUCUUCUCCUGAGGUCCUCAACCGGAUCGAGCUCAUCUGUGGGAAGAAGCCACAGUACUACCAUGCCGACAUUACGGACGAGCAGGCUGUCGACGAGAUCUUUGAGAAACACCCCGACAUUGACAGUGUCAUCCACUUCGCGGCUCUGAAAGCGGUUGGCGAGUCUGGCGAGAUCCCCCUCAACUACUACCAGGUCAAUGUCUAUGGAACACUGUGCCUCCUCCGCUCCGCUGCCCGACACAACGUCACGAACAUUGUCUACUCCUCGUCCGCGACUGUCUACGGCGAUGCCACUCGCGUCCCCGGCAUGAUUCCUAUCCCUGAAGAGUGCCCAUUGGGCCCCACCAACCCUUACGGCAACACUAAAUUCACAUGCGAGCUCAUGAUCACGGACCACAUCAACGCCGAACGGGCCAAGGCUGAGAAGAAGGGAGACACUGCGGCGGUGAAGAAGUGGAAUGCUGGCCUGCUGCGAUAUUUCAACCCUGCUGGUUCUCACCCCAGCGGCAUCAUGGGUGAAGAUCCCUCCGGUGUGCCCUACAACCUGCUGCCUCUCCUGGCACAAGUUGCCACCGGCAAGCGUGAGAAGCUCCUGGUCUUCGGAGACGACUACGCGUCUCACGACGGCACCGCCAUCCGAGACUACAUCCAUAUUCUCGACCUCUCCCAAGGCCAUCUCAAGGCUCUCGACUACCUUCGCGAACAGAACCCCGGUGUCCGAGCAUGGAACCUGGGCACGGGUCGCGGCUCGACCGUCUUUGACAUGGUCAAGGCAUUCAGCAAGGCCGUCGGACGAGAUCUUCCGUACGAAGUGGUUGGUCGCAGACCAGGCGACGUGCUCGACCUGACAAGUAACCCGUCCAGAGCGAACAGAGAGCUGGGCUGGAAGACGGAACGGACAUUGGAAGAUGCUUGUGCAGACUUGUGGAAGUGGACAGAGCACAAUCCCGAGGGAUACAGACAGCAACCACCGAAGGAGUUUGUGGACGCCCUGAAGAAGAACUGA